UACUCCUUUAAGGGGACCCGGAAGUGCUUGUUAAACCGGACGUGCAGACUUUCCAAUGUGACUUACCUUUGCAAAUACUUGUUAUAAUUCUGGCUUCUUAGAGGUCUAAAGUCUUCAAAAUGUUUCUUACCACCGCAAAUUUGGCCAAGGCAAAAUCAAAGACCAUCUUGGUGCAGAUGAUGAGCGCUGCAGGGACAGGCUACUUUUUCAACACGAAGAGGAACCGUCUCAGAGAAAAACUGGUGCUGCGCAAACAUGAUCCAUUUGUGAACAAGCAUGUACUAUUCUUUGAGAAGAGGAAGAUCAAAUCAAUUUAACAACACAGCAAAAAUAUAUACGGACAACAUUAAACCUGCUCGGUUUAAACUGACUAU